AUGCCCGACGGAAAACCCCUUGCGUUAACUGGAAGUCAGAAUUCCUUCCAACCUCCGGAGGACGAGGACGACCAUUCAGAGGGACCUUCUUUCAGACGACAGAAGCGACAAGCAACUGUCUACGAUGCCGUAGCUGGCCGGGUAAAUGCGCACGGUUUCCUUCCAUUAAUUCCUUUCUCCUCGCGAUACCGUGACACGGCGUCGUCUAAUUUUCGACCUGUCCGUCCGGAAGAAGUUCUCUUUCGUCGGCAAAAUGCACCGACUCGGUACGAGGAGAAUGACUUCUACUUUGCCCAUGAAUCCCUUCCGUCCGACCGCCCGCUCCCUAGUUCCGACCUGCUAGAAGCUAUUCAUACCUACUCAGCGGACUACUACGACUACGCGACUCCUGACCGCGGCCAGGAUGAUUACCAAAGCAUGGAUGAAACGGCGCUGAUUGCCAUGGGGAUACUUUUGGAGGAGAUGGCGAAGGAAUCGCUCGGCAAAACGGGUGAUUUAGUCCUGGUGGAAGGGGAAGAGAUAGCAAGCGAGGAGGAUCAAUCUCGACCCCAGACGGCGAAGCGUGUCGGCCGUAAAAGGGCCAAUACUGGUCGAAGUAGCAUCCUGGCAAGCUCGGGGGACGAACUCGGGACGGCUAGACUCGCAUUUGCUAAACGACGGACCCCCUUUACUGAAUUCACAAUGGGUUCGGACACCUUCGAACUUGCCGGUCGGCAGUUCCCCAAGGUGACAUGGUGGAAGAAUCCAGGAAUGAGGAAAACCUAUAUCUGUCUGGGAAUGGUGGUCCUGACGGCGGCCACGAAUGGCUACGAUGGAUCCAUGAUGAACGGUCUUCAAACCCUCGAACCUUGGCAGGAAUAUUUCAAUCAUCCCGGUGGCUCUCUUCUGGGAAUUCUCAGUGCCAUUAUGUCCCUGGGAUCCCUAGCAGCUCUACCCGUCGUACCGUACACCGCAGAUCUGCUGGGACGUCGGAUGGGUAUCUUGAUCGGCUGCUUGAUCAUGAUCCUCGGAGUUGUCCUUCAGAGCAUCAGUGCCAAUUACGGCAUGUUUUUGGCAGCUCGAUUCCUGAUCGGUUUCGGCGUCGCCAUUGCUCAUGGCGCUUCCCCUCUAUUGAUCACCGAAUUGGUGCACACCCAGCACCGUGCCAUCUUCACCACGAUCUAUAACACCACGUGGUACUUGGGUGCCAUUGUCGCGGCGUGGCUCACCUUCGGCACCAACAAUAUUUCGAACAACUGGUCCUGGAGAGCUCCGACAAUUGUCCAGGCUGGGCCGUCGGUCCUCCAAAUCAUCUUUAUUUGGUUUGUCCCCGAGUCACCUCGAUUCCUCAUCUCCAAAGGCAAGCACGAGCAAGCCCUCAAAGUUCUGGCGGACUGUCACGCCAAUGGCGACCAAGAGGACGAAGUGGUUCAGCUGGAGAUGCACGAAAUCAAGGAAACCAUUCGGUUGGAGCAGGAGUUCGAAAGCAACAGCUGGAAGGAACUGAUCCGCACCAAGGGCAACCGACAUCGCAUGAUCAUCUGUAUCACGGCCGGUUUGUUCUCUCAAUGGUCCGGCAACGGUCUGGUGUCCUACUAUAUCGCCAAAAUUCUUAACUCAGUCGGAUACACGAGCUCCGUCGAGCAGAACUUGAUCAACGGCUGCCUCCAGAUCCUCAACCUGAUCGUGGCUUUGACGAUGUGCUUCUUUGUUGACAAGAUUGGGCGACGCAAGCUCUUCCUCACUUCGACCGCCGGCAUGCUGGUGGCAUUCAUCGUGUGGACCAUCUGCUCCGCUCGCUAUGAUAUCAGCAAGGCCUCGGGGGCUGCGAAUGCAGUGGUCGCCAUGAUUUACAUCUACUACGUGUUCUACAACAUUGCUUGGUCAGGCCUUCUGGUGGGUUACACGGUGGAGAUCCUCCCGUACAGCAUCCGCGCCAAGGGUAUGACCAUGGUGUGGCUCUGCAUUGAUGCCGCGCUUUUCUUCAACCAGUACAUCAACCCCAUCGCCCUCGAUAACAUUGGCUGGAAGUACUACAUCUUCUACUGUGUGUGGCUUGCCAUCGAGCUGGUGGUGGUCUGGUUCUUCUACAUUGAGACACGUAAUACUCCGCUGGAAGAAAUCGCUCGGUACUUCGACGGGGAGACCGCCAUGGUCGGCGGUGCUGCCGCCACCGAGAAAGCUCGAGAGCUGACCGAGACAUUGCACGUUGAGGAGGUCGUUCCGACUAGUGAUACCCAGAAAGACCAGGGUCGCGUGAGCGAGUUGAAAACGUCCCAAUCUACAUCUAGUAACUUACACCAUGAAAAGCCCCCCAAACUCACCAAAGACGAAAAACAAAAGCGCAUCGUCUCCCACCUCCGCUCGACCGGGACCUGCCACACGCUCAAAGAGCUCGAGAAGAUGCUCCCCUCGAUCGUGUCGAUCAACGGCAUGCAAGUCAAAGAGUACCUGCGCGAAUUGGCCGACGACGGCCAGAUCCGGGUGGAGAAGAUCGGAAGUGGGAACUGGUACUGGUGUUUCAGUGGAGAGGAGAAGAUGGAACGGGAGCGAAAGGUGGAACAGCUGCAGGAAGAAGUGGAUCGACUACGGAGCAGUAAUGAAGAACUGGACAGGCAAUUGGCGGUCAGGAAACGGGAGCAAGAAGAUGAUGAGAAGGCGCUGCAGCCCGGUGAGCGAGAGAGGUUGAUCCGGCACAAGGCGGAAUUGGAGACGGAGUGUCAGCAGUUACGGAAGGAGUGGUUGGCUGUGUCAGAGAGUCUGGAUGGGGGCAAGGGGGUCCAGGAGAUGAAGGAUGAGGUGCAGCAGUUUCAGCGGGAGGCGCAGAUGUGGACGGAUAAUAUCUACGUGUUGGAAGGGUUUGUGAGGAAAAUGGUCGGCGGCGAUCGCGAGGUGAUGGAGAUGUUGCAAAGGGAGUGUUACGGGGAAGAUUAUGUGGAAGGGGAAGGACUGCGAGAGUGGGAAUGA